AUUGUAAGCUGGUUUGUCGGGCUGAGGACAGCUAGAGUAGCUGCGGUGAAUCUGAUGCCCGGGGAAAUAGACCAGGAUUUUCUGCUCACAGUGACUAAUGACAAAGGACUGUCAGAAUUUGCCGAUUGACAUCCAGACAAGCAAGCUGCUAGACUGGCUGGUGGACAGGAGACACUGCAACCUGAAAUGGCAGAGCCGCGUGCUGACUAUCCGGGAGAAGAUCAACGUGGCCAUUCAGGACAUGCCGGAGAGCGAGGAGAUCAAGCAGCUGCUCUCGGGAUCCUAUAUUCACUAUUUUCACUGCCUGAGGAUUGUGGAAAUUCUUAAAGGGACCGAGGCCUCCACUAAAAACAUCUUUGGUCGCUACUCUUCCCAGCGUAUGAAGGACUGGCAGGAGAUCCUGUCUCUGUAUGAAAAGGAAAACACCUACCUAGUGGAGCUCGCCAGCCUGCUCCUGCGCAACGUCAGCUACGAGAUCCCGUCCCUGAAGAAGCAGAUCAGCAAGUGCCAGCAGCUGCAGCAGGAGUGCAGCCGCAAGGAGGAGGAGUGCCAGCUGGGGGCCGCCGAGAUGCGGGAGCGCUUCUACGCCUCCUGCAAGCAGUACGGCAUCACUGGUGAUAACGUGCGGCGGGAGCUGCUGGCCUUGGUGAAGGACCUGCCGGCGCUGCUGACUGAGAUCGGGGCCGGGGCCCGGGUGCUCUCGGAAGCCAUCGAUUCAUACCAGGCCUGUGUGCAGUUCGUGUGUGAGAGCCCCCCGGAGCGGGUGGUACCCCUGCUGCGGCAUGUGCAGGAGCGCGGGAACACGACCGUCUAUGAGUGGAGGAGGGGGGUGGAGCCCACCACGGUGGAGCGCCCACGGGCGGAGGAGGCGCCCGAGAAGCAGGACGAGGAGGCGAUCGACUGGGGGGACUUAGGGGUGGAGUCCGCACCUGCCCCCGUGGGGGUUGAUUACAGCAUCUCUGGUGAAGACGGAACCCAGGCCGAGGAGGUCGACUGGGGGAUCUCACUGGAACCUGACCCACAGGGAGCCGGCACUGACGGGAUAGACUGGGGAGACGGGAGUGGCGGUGACCCGGUGCAGAUCACGGUGCUGGAGGCUGGCAUCCAGGUCCCAGAUGGAGUCGCCCGAGGGCCUGAUGCUCUGACCCUCCUGGAGAACCCGGAGACCCGGAGCCAGUUCAUCGACGAGCUGAUGGAGCUAGAGACCUUCCUGUCCCAGCGCGUCGUGGAAAUGAGCGAAGAGGCCGACGUGGUGUCGGUGAGCCAGUUCCAGCUGGCCCCGCCCAUCCUGCAGGGCCAGACCGCAGAGAAGGUGGGCGCCAUGGCGGCGGCUGUCCGGGAGCUGAUUGGCCGGCUGAUCAACCUGCGGAUGCAGCACCUCUUCCUGAUCCUGGCCUCCCCGAGGUACGUGGACCGUGUGAGCGAGCUCCUGCGCCAGAAGCUGAAGCAGGCAGAGCUGCUGGUGCUGAAGAAGGAGCUCAUGGCGCAGAAGAGGCAGGAGGUGCUGGAGGAGCAGGGUGCCCUCGAGCCCAAACUCGACCUGCUGGUGCACAAAACCAAGGAGCUGCAGAAACUGAUUGAAGCAGACAUUUCCAAACGGUACAGUGGGCGCCCUGUGAAUCUGAUGGGCACCUCCCUGUGACCUCCCCACGGUGACGCAGCCCCCUAUGGAGCCGGGGUCCCCCGAAGGGGCCGGACAGGGGAGGCUUCCCCAGGGCUCUGCUAAUCAGGACUUGCUCACGUUGUAAGGAGUAGACGUGUACGGGGGGAAGGCUGCUAACUGCGGCUUUUGCCCUUUCCGGGGACUCCAGGCAGCCAGGAGGGAAUUGUUCAAUAAAGCGGGGGAAGCUCCAUC